UCGUCUCGCAAGCUUCGAGGCGCCGUUCGGGCUCGCUUGUGCCGCUCCUUUUCUUGGUCCUCCCUCCUCUCUCUCUCUCUCUCUUUCUCUCUCUCUUUUUCUCUCUCAUACUCUCUCUCUUACUCACUCACUUACUCACUCACUCAGUCACUUACUCACUCACUCAGUCAUUCACUCACUUAUUCACUCAGUCACUCUCGUUCUCACUCUUGUUAUCUUCGUCUGUCUAUUCAUUCGUUGUUCACUCGUUCAUUCAUUCCGUAUACACUGUUGUAUAUUUUACACGUAUACGCGGAUACUACUGUUUGAUCUAUGCCUAUAUCAUAGCUCUAUCGCUUUUUUAGAUCGACGAACUGUGCAUCGAACUUGUCGAUUUAUGAACGAGGAUUUCUUUUGGAACACUACGAGGAGACUUGAGAGGUGCCUGUUUUAUGGAUUUUACAUACAAGCGAACGGUGAUUGUGUUAUCAUGAUGAUUGUUAUCUCAUCGUUGGAUGUGUAAAGAUCGAUCUGUGAAUGUUCGCGAGUGUUGUUCCAAUCUCGUUUAGUGUCAUCGUCGUCUUUGUCGCUAUUGGUGGUUGUGGUAGUAGUGAUACUGGUGUUUGUGAUACCGAUCAUAGUGAUGAUGCAAGUUACAGGACGAGGCGCGUGAUUUUUAAAUCUCAUGAGUUUAAAAUUAAGAGGACAUCGUUAGCGGAUCAUCGUAAUUAUCUAACAGCUUAGAAAGGAUUUCGUGAGUGAGAUUUAUUCAAGAUCGAUCGAUUGGUUAAACGAUGAAACAAGAAAGACGAGUAAGUUAACAAAGAACAUCAUGAUAAACUUUGACAAACGUGAAAAAUUUUAAUUCGUGAAUAGACUCAUCCAGUGAUUCGUGCUAUGAGUCAAAAGGAAACUCGCGUAGGCGUGAGACUGAAAAAAUCAUUAACAACGUCCUAUCGAUCAGCGAUUAACGGUGGAAGUCGUUCGGUUCGAAAGAAAAGUACAAGAACGAAGAUGCUAUCGGUAAAAAUCUUACCAUUACGAGAGUCCACCGGCUGGUAAAUCUUCGAUAGAAGUAGCUGAAGCAGUUAAUUGAACUCGAUGAUCGGCUCGAAUGAGGUGGCAAGGGCAAUGGGUCCUUGCAUCGCUUUUGGCAGGUAAUCGUCGUUGUUCCACGGUGGCUAAAUGAAGAGGGAUCGUUUGGUGGGCCGGUGAUCGAUAGCGGAUACCGCUUGUCGCCGUGCGAGAUUCGAUUCGCGAUGGAACUCCUUCCGCUGUUAUUACUUUGCCUCCUGAUCGCUCAGCCAACAGCCUAUUCCCUUUCGAUCAAGAGUAAGCUCAAUCCGCGGAUCGUGCAAACUCGCUACGGCGAGGUUCAGGGCUUGAUCAGGUCCUUCGAGAACGCAAAGUUCCUCAAACCGAUCGACGUCUAUCUUGGAAUACCCUACGCUACACCACCCGUUGGGAGCAACAGAUUCUCUCCAACAAGGGCACCCAGCCCUUGGGAAGGUGUCAGAGUAAUGGACUCGGUCGGUCCAGUUUGUCCUCAAAAACUUCCAAAUAUCUCGAUUGAGCAAGAGGCUCUCGAGCGCAUGCCUAAAGGAAGACUGGAAUAUCUGAGAAGAUUGCUACCUCAUUUGCGAAACCAAAGUGAAGACUGUCUAUAUUUGAACAUCUAUGCUCCUGCUAUGGGCAUGGCGGAAAGUGGUAGGAGACAUCCGGUUGUCCUUUACAUUCACGGUGAAAGCUACGAGUGGGGGAGCGGAAAUCCUUACGACGGUAGCGUCCUAGCCAGCUAUACCGAGCAAGUGAUCGUGACGAUCAACUACAGGCUGGGCGUGCUAGGCUUCCUGAACGCCAACGUGGCGCCUGAAACGAAGGCGAGGGUGGCGAAUUACGGUCUGAUGGAUCAAAUCGCGGCUUUACACUGGGUCCAACAGCACAUUGCACUUUUUGGCGGCGAUCCCGAAAACGUUAGCCUCAUGGGACAGGGUACAGGAGCUGCUUGUGUCCAUUUUCUUGCUAUUAGUCCAACCGUCAUAAGAGGUCUUUUCAAAAGGGCGAUACUACUCUCGGGCAGUGCAUUGUCUUCUUGGGCUGUAGUCGAGGAUCCCGUCUUUUAUGCGCUAAAGCUCGCUAGAGCGAUAAAUUGCACGAUUCCUGAGGACCUACUCAAGGACAACGAGUUGAUAGUCGAUUGCCUCAGAGAAAGCAGCCUUGAGGAAUUGAUGCAGAUCGACAUACAACCACCAACUUUUCUCAGCGCCUUUGGACCGAGCGUAGACGGUGUAGUUAUCAAACCUGAUUUCCAGAAGGACCUUUUGUCCUAUCUUGGCCCAGAAUUUCAAGGAUUUGGACCACUCCCGAAAAAAGCUGAACACGGAGCACCUAUAACGAGCAACAAUAAAUACGACCUAUUGUUCGGCGUCACGACCAGCGAGGCUCUUUGGAAAUUCGCUGAAAAGGAUGUGCAUCAAGGAUUCGAGGGUGAAAGGAGAGACAGGAUCAUCAGAACUUAUGUUAGAAAUGCUUACGUCUAUCAUCUAACGGAAAUAUUUUAUACGGUCGUCAACGAAUAUUCCGAUUGGGAACGGACGGUACAGCAUCCGGUGAAUACAAAGGACGCCUGUGUCCAGGCAUUGAGCGACGCGCAAUUCGUAGCACCGCUCGUUCAAACUGGUGAUCUUUUCACUCUGAGGCACACGAAAAAGCCAAAUAAUCCUCACAUCGCGCCAUCGCCCGAGAUCGAGAAGGAACCAAUGCCAAAAACGUUCUUUUACGUUUUCGAUUAUCAGAUGAAGGACGGCGAUUAUCCACAGAAAAUGGGCUCCGUUCAUGGUGAGGAGCUACCUUUCGUCUUUGGCGCCGCUUUGGUAGACGGAUUCGCACACUUCCCGAAGAAUUACACGCGAUCUGAGGUGGCACUAUCGGAGAGCAUCAUUCAAUAUUUCGCCAAUUUCGCUAGAACUGGAAAUCCAAAUGGCGUUGAUCAUCAUACAAGAAAUGACACGCUUUUACCGGCUAGUAGAGAAAAAAGUCGUUUUCGAAGUCUCACGUGGGAUCAAUACGAUCCGGUACAUCAAAAGUAUCUCGAAAUUGGAAUGAGGCCAAAAGUAAAAAAUCAUUAUCGAGCUCAUCAGCUCUCCGUUUGGCUACGACUCGUACCGGAACUUCAUCGUGCUGGAAUGGAAGAUGUUGAUUCGAGACACAAUCUUUUCCGAGGACACGCUGAUCCAAGUCUUUACGAUGGUUUAGUCAGGCCAGAUCCUUUGAGUAGGAUCACCGAGGAAUUUAAAAGAAAAAAUAUAAGCACUGAACCACCUACCACAACCGACUACAGUAUAACCACCUGUGUCAGUCUUAUUCAAAGCACAAAUCUACAAAAUAUGCACAAUGCCAGUACCGACACUUUGGCGAGUCUCGAUGCAGCUGGAUACGCUGCAUAUUCGACAGCAUUAAGCGUGACUAUAGCGAUUGGCUGUAGUCUACUUAUAUUGAACGUCCUCAUAUUUGCUGGUGUCUAUUAUCAGCGAGACAAGACGAGACUCGAGGUCAAAAGCCUCCAGCAGCAACAGAUGUUGAAUCAACAGUGUGGACCGCGCGGUUUCACGGAGUUGAAACAACCACCCUCGUCACAUUCACAUUUUCCUGGUAGUGGUCAAGUUAUCGUUGACGUUGAAAAUGAAAUGCUCAGAAGAAACGUGAUGAAAGGGCCUCCAAACGAGCCUAACACUUUACAAGGCACACACACCCUGCCGCAUCAACAUCAUUACCAGAAGCAACAUCAGCAACAACACGCCACGCUCCCUCGUGCUUCGGUCAUGCAGGACAUGAACGCGCAAACUCAAGGACCACCGAAUGGAUCUAUACACCUCACAGUGCCACGUGCUCCACCACCACCCCGUGCGAAGAGUCCUCCAGAAAAUCAACCCCUUCUGCAGAGCACAACCGUCUCGAGCCGUGUCUCGCAAGCAACGAUGAGCGAAAUGCGAGUCUGAUGCUUAGACCCCCCUCCGAAGCCGGUCGUCCCGGACGUCCUAACGGCGUCGACCUUGCUCUAAGCCUCCUUGUCUGAUAAAAAUAAUAAUAAAAAAAAAUAACAAUAUAUAAAGACGAGGAGAUGGGAGGGGGGAAAAGAGAGAAACGUCCGAAACAAUUCUAUGCACUUUCAUGCCCUAAACGCUUCGCGUCUUCCUUUUUAAUGUAAAUGGAAGGUGGGAGAAUGAAACGAAAGAAA